AUGAAGCACCUCAUGUCGGCGACGCUGGUGCUGACGCUGGGCAUCAUCGGAAGUGCAAUCCUUCCCGUUGCUUCUGCGUUUGCCACGACCGGCGCGGUGCUGGGUAUCAUCGUCGCCCUGGUGGUUGGCGCGACCAAUGUCUACACAUGCCGGCUGCUCAUCCGGGGGGCCCAGUAUACCGGGACGCGGGACUACGAGAGCUUUGCCCACGCGGUCGGCGGCCCAUGGUUCAAGUUCUUCACCGAGUUCAGCAUCAUCAUCCUGCUCCUGGGCACCAUCAUCGCCGCCAUGAUUCAGUGCGGGGAGGUCGGCGCGGCGGGGCUGACGUCCACCUGGCCCUCAACCGCCCCUGGCUUCCUGACCUACCGCGGCGGGCUGGCCAUCGUGGUGUUCUGCACGCUGUGCAUCAUCACUCCCCUCUCCCUGCUGCCCUCCAUGCGCAAGCUGGAGACCAUCGGCGGCUUCGGUAUCAUCAUCGUCUGGUUCCUCAUGUUUGUGAUCAUCGUCUACUCCUGCAAGAACGGGCUCCCUGCGCUCAAGGACGGCCUGUUCGGCGGGUUUGCGGUGGUGAACCAGGGCUCCAUCUCCGAUGUGGCCAAUGCCUUCAGCACCUUUGGCUUUGCCUUUUACCUCCAGGCCAUCAUGAUGCCGCUGCUGAGCGAAAUGCCGCCCGGCCGCACCGGCUCCCGCAUCACCAAUGCCGCCUCGGCGGUGACCGUGAUCGGCGUGGCGGCCACGACCUACAUCGUCACCGCCUUCUUCGGCGCGGCCAUGUACGGCUACGAUAACACCGCCUCCAACAUCCUGGACAACCAGUGGUUUGGCAGCUACACCGUGGCCCCCGACGGCACGCUGGUCCCGGGCAACGGCGGCGGCGGCCAGUUCACGCUCAACUUCCUCAUGACCAUGUACCUGGCCAUCUCCCUGCCCCCCAUCGUCUUUGCCUGCUGCAUCCCCGUCAACAACUGGAUGGUCAUGGCCAGCCGGGGGCGGUACGAGAACCUGAGGCCCUUCACCCGCAAGUGCAUCAAUCUGGCCAUCGUCAUCUCCAUCACCCUGGCCGUGUCCCUGGCCGCGCCCUCUCAGUCGGGCAACGUGAUCACUGCCACGGGGGCCACGGGCGUGUGCCUGGUGUCCUACCUCAUCCCCGUCCUCUCCCACCUCCUCCUGGUGUUUGGCCGCGGGCACUGCCAGCGGCCCCUGCAAGCCGACUCCGCCAGUGUCGCUGGCGGCGCCGCCUUCCUGAAGUCUGCUGACGGAUCGCCCCUCGCAGGCGGCUCGCUGGGCGAGGCCAAGGCGAUGCCCGGUGAGGGCGAGAGGGCGCGCCCGGCCGACGACUACGUCGUGGUGGAGGCGCCGGGGGCUCAGCACCUGGAGCCCCCGCUGGACCCCGAGACGGCCUCAGGCACCGUCACCAACAUCGGCUACUUUGCCCUGCCCCGGCACUACCACGCGCCGCGCCACUCCCGCCUUCACUUCUGGGCGGUGGAGGUGACGCUGCCCAUCCUGGUCUGCUCCCUGGGCGUCCUCUUCUCCGUGGCCACCCUGGUCCUUCUGCACAACACCAUCGCCCAAGGGGAGUAG